AUGCAGUCCUCACCCCUGGCCGGUAACAGGACCAAUGACGAUACCGCUCGGGAAACCACUUGGUACGGCGUCUGCUUGACCGUCUGGAACCACGCAGAUCCGGAACGCGCUAGGCGCCUGAGUCUCGUCAAGAAGAAGCUGAACACAUCGGCGCAAGACAUCCUCGCUGCGGACGAAUCGACCUUGAUGGCGGGGACGUCCUCGAUCUCUCUCGCGGCUCCGGCUCAACGAAACUCUCGCGCUUCCGACGGGAUCAACAUGAGACGUCGCGUUUCUGGUAACAAGAGCGGAUCCGAGACCGAACCUACUUGGACCGAUUCCGAAUACGAAGGAGCGAGAAAUCCUCGACAGGCAUUGAGGGGCUCUUUCUUGAGCCAGUCAUUGGUUUUCAGUGACGCAGAUGGAGAACUCGCCGAUGCAUUCCAGGCGGAAGCAGACGGCAUGUUCUGGAUUCCGUAUUCCUUGACAUUGGUAUCCAAAUACCCCAUUUACGAUUGUAUGAUCGAUUAUCUCAAGCUUUCGUGGGCAAGGUUCUCCAAGAACGUGAAAGCUCAUUCCAUGCAAAUCUCCCGCAUUCUCAACUACCCUACUCCAAGAGCUGGAGACGCAAUCAAGCUGCUAGCUGGCUCGCCUGGCAAUACUCACGUCGAAAUCAACGCGGACAUGCCUGGUUCGGUGGACCUUCGCACCGGUCUCGUCCACGUCAACUAUCGGCUAUGGCCCUUGUGGCAGAUGUUAAGCGUUGACAACAUCUUGACGAUCUUGGAUGUGGCGCUGUCCAAUCCUGGCAGAGUUGUCUUCGUAUCCAGGUACCCGGAAGCUCUGGGUCUGGCGGUCAAAGACCUUACAUACGUCGCCGAGCUUAGAGGUUGGCGCGGACUUUCUUUGCCACUGCUUCACGCUCGGGAUGUCACAGUGUUGGUCGAGGGUGAUAGCCCUCGCAUACAGGGCAUCAAUGCCGAGUGCCGCGGCAUGGUUGACUUUAUGCCGGAUAUGCUCGUGGUCGACCUGGACAAUAACCAUCUUUCCAACCCUACUCUGCCGCCUGGAGUCAUCUCACCUCGAGUUAUACGUGAUAAGAUGAGGCAGCGCAUCUUGAGCUGCUUCGGAUCUUUCUACGUUGCGGACCAUUCGGUUCCCAGCGAGCUGAAACUCUCCUAUCCUGGCGGCAAGGUGCGAGCCAGUUGCGGGAAUGCGCUAGGUUACGCGAAUCCUGCGUUCCUCGGUGAUGCGCUCCGAGCUCCCGCCUGGUGGAAGACUACCGACAUCAUGAGCACGCUCAACCAAAUCCUCGCAGAGAAGUCGAAGAAGCCUACCUUCAUUCAGCGCCUGAUCAAGGGCAGCCCAGCUCGCCAAAGUCGCCCUACCGUGGCAGAAGAACUCGCUCGCAAGGCCAUGAGGAACAGAGCUCUUCACUAUGUUCAAGCUCGAGACGAUUUCGAGCAGAAAGUGGCCCGCAUCAAUAAGCGCUUGAUUCACCUGAUUCGAGAGGGCGAAGCGUGGAAGAAGCGUUUCGAAAAGUUUGAGCGGUAUGCUGAUCGCCUCGGGGCGGAAGCGGCCGAACUCAAAGCGAGGAUCGAAGCCGAAAAGAAGGAAGCCAAGCGUCUCAGUGGGGUCGUCAAUCAGACCAAAGAACGUAAUACCGCGCUCUACGAUGAACUCAAAAAGACCGAGAACGCCAAGGAAGAGGCCAUGAAACAACUAUCGGACAUGCAUAUAUCUAUCCAGGAGCUAGAGAAAGAGCGAGACGAGGUCAUGAACGCUAUCGAGCUUCAGAUCGAGAACGUCAUGGUCAACAUCCUGGAUGACAGGUCUGACAUGGCUUCUGUUACCGACGGCCUUCGUACUCCCACUGCUAUCGCCUACGAACCUGGGCACUCUCCAUCCGCUUGGAAGGGUACUGGCGAUCAUCGCGCUAAGCGGAGCACCAUGGUGACCUUUUCGUCCAACGAUGGACAACCUGUACGAGUUCCGUCUAUUCUUCAGGGGGAUGGUGCUUCCGCUCGAGAUAUCAAGAAAAGGAGGUCUUCGGUAACUACUGCCAAUAGCUCGACCAGGGACCCUCUGCGACAGCUCGAUCAGCGAUUGACGAUCAAGAGCGAAAAGAUGGCCGAGAAGAUGGCGAGCAUUCAGCGCAAGGUGAGCGGCGCGUGUGGCAAAUUGAGUAGCAGAAACCCAGAACACUGA